AUGAUUGAAAAAGUUAUAAUAGCCAAAGAACCAGUGUCAGAGGCAUUCAAAAAGUCAUUAUUUCAGCUAGGUUUUACAACAGUAUUUGGUGCCUACUCAGCAUUCCUAUUCCUCAGGACAGGACACUUUGUAGCGCCAGUAGUGGUCCAUGCUUUCUGUAACCACAUGGGAUUCCCGGCCUUCCAGGAAGUCAUGUCCCACCCCAACACAGAAACCAGACACAAGCUGAUGGCCAGCUUUGUCAUUGGGCUGGUCAUGUGGAUGGCUCUCCUGUACCCAAUUACCUCCCCUUUCCUGUACAGCAACAACAUCUAUGAUUUAUGA